CUCUGAAUGCAGGUAACCCUCUGGAUUCUACUGGCGUUCGUAAUGACGCUUCUCAAAGUCCCUUAAACUUACAGAAUGAAAGCACCGUUGACUUCAACAAUGACAGCACCUUUGGCUUUGAUGACAUUCAAUUGGAUGGAAAUGAAGAUGAUCGUAUUGAGGGGUUUGGCAGUGCUCAAGGAAAUGUUGUGCCAAAUGCCCCCAACAGCUCUGUGAAUCCUGGCCAAGAUAGUGUUGUUCCUGAAGUGGAGGUGAAUCCAAACAGCUCUCUGAAUCGUAGCCAAGAUAUUGAAUUUCCUGAAGGUAUGUGCAGCUGUUUUUGGCAGGUAGUUUUAUCAAGUUAUGUUGACAAUGUCAUUGAUUUAUUUUCAUUUGCUAAAAAGUGCCGACACCUAGCUAUGCCAUUGCCUGAUUUCUGAAAUCUUAUCUUGCGUGUGCUAUUUAAUGAUCUGAAAUGUCUUGUAUAUGUUUACAGAGGGAGUAUUUACUUUAUUUUGUAUGAAUAUGGCUGUUGAUUAUUUUAUUUACUCAAUUGUAUUGCGUUAUAAUGAAGGAGAGCCUUGGCGCAGUGGUAAAGCUGCUGCCUUGUGACCAUGAGGUCACGGGUUCAAGUCCUGGAAACAGCUUCUUACAGAAAUGUAGGGAAAGGCUGCGUACUAUAGACCCAAAGUGGUCGGACCCUUCCCCGACCCUGCGCAAGCGGGAGCUACAUGCACCGGGCUGCCCUUUUUUUUAAUUGUAUUGCGUUAUAAUACGAUUUGAACAGUGGAUGCAGCAUCUAGUCCCCUCAGCAGCCAAUUGAGUGCUGGAGAACCAACUAAUAUUCCUCAAGAUGAAGCUGAUGACCACGGAGCAACUGGUACUGCAGAAGGUGAUGCUGAUCCAAUGCAACAAGGAGCUACAGCUGGCUCCUCCCCUGAAGCAGGCUUGAAUGUGGAGUAUGCUGGCUUUGAGGCUCAUCACAUACCAAACAGUAGUGUCUUUGGCGCCCAGCAUGCUCUAGAAGCGAAGCUGCUGAAAUUUACUAAUCAACAGUAUGCCUGUAUGGUCAUGAAUGGCCAGAAGUUUGAUUUACCUGAUAAUAUUGAUCGAUUGCGCGUUGAUCUCUGCUACAGAAAUGAUGGGUCAGCAGACUCUGAUGUUGAAACUGGCUGGAACUCACGUGCUGCAGCUAACAUCAAACUUGGGGAAACUGAAAUCGAAGUAAAGAAAUUUGUGUAUGCUCAUUGGGUGAAGUGGGUUUUCAAAAGGGAUGCUGAUGUGAUUAUUCACUAUCUAUCUAGUGGAAGAGAGAAGAAGGCAAGCAUCAUUCAGGAGAUAAGGAAGGAAAUCGAGGAGUUGAAGAAAACUCUGGCUCUGCGGAAGGAAGAGCUGAGGAAGCUCGAGCAGGACCACUGAGAUCCCGUACUGCCUAUGUCGACCUGAUACAUGUUACUGAACUGCUUUUGGCUCGUUUUAUCGUACUGCUAGUAUUUUGCGACGGAGAUUGUUAGUAGUAGGCUGUGAAUCCUGGUAUUGGAGGUGGUGGAAACGUGUUUGCAACGUUGACUGUUAGUGGUAGGCAGUGAAUUCUGGAGACGGAGGUGUGUCGGCGUGUUA